AUGGCCACGGGGAUUUACGGUAGUACAGCUGACGCGCUCUCCACAGUUGUUACGUGGAGGUUGGAUAGUAUCCAUUCAGACAAUAGUGGACCCAGUCUACUGUUCUCUCUCAUAUACAACAUGGCGAUACGAAGAUGGGGACUGGCACAGUUUUGUCGCUCACACUGUCUCGAGCUUGGCGUGAUUCUGAUAUGUUGUUCCAUGUGGGUACUGUACAUCCUUGAACACUUUUGGGCUAGCAAUCAUCAACUCCCCUUGUUCGGGUCCUCCGCUGCGUCCAGCCGAGAUAGGCUGGUUGAAGCUCUCGACCGACAGUCCAAAUACCAGUCCGUUCCGUAUGAAGCAAAACACGACGUAGACGCAUAUAUUGAUUCCAAGUUCAACAAUUCAUGUUACAAAGUAGACAGGAAAGACUUGAGCAACCGAGUGUUGUUGGAUCAAAAAGAUUUGCGGAAAAGAGGAUGUCAGCAGAGACUACCACAGGCGGUGUUAAUCGGGAUGCGUAAAUGCGGAAUAGGACGAAUUCUGCAGUUUUUGCGCUUUCAUCCAGCAAUUGAAAUGCGCACGUCUCUUCUGCCACUAGAUUUUUUCAGCGGCUCUUACAAAAAGGGACUUGAAUUAUAUCGCAAACAAAUGCCAUACACAACGGAGAGCCAAUUGACUGUCGAGAAGACACCCGAGUAUUUCAUUGUCCCGCAUGACGUGCCGAAAAAAGUACGCGAUGAAAUCUCUCCGGAAACGAGAAUCGUUGCUGUAGUCUGUGACCCUGUGAAAAGGCUCAUCGCUGACUAUGUAUCAUUGGCUGUGAAAGACAAGAACCCAGAAGCAAUAGAGCAGUACAUGUCCGAUAAUUUGGAGAAAACCGUGACUGAUCGUGGGUCGGGUAACAUAAACCACCUGAAUGCCCUAGUAGACAGCAGUCUCUAUUUCAAGCACUUUAUGCGAUGGAUGCACGCUUUUCCGAUGGACCAAAUAUUACUUAUAGAUGCUGAAGCGGCUACUAAACAUCCAGCAAGGGAGAUGCAGCGGUUGGAAUACUUCCUCGGCCUCCCAUCCUACUUCGAUGAAAGCCAUUUCUUUUUUGACGAGGACCACCACAAGUACUGCCUUAAAUUCCCGCAAGACAUGUGUGUAGAGUCAUCUCCUGCCAAAAAGAGUAAAUCACAAAAAGAAGUUGCCAGUGAAACCAAGGGUGCUGGCAUCAGAGGUGAGGUGCCCGAUGAGCUCAAGUCUAAGUUAUACGAUUUCUUCGAGCCGUACGACCAGAUGUUAGCCGAUAAGUUCAACCAAACUUUGUCUUGGGGUAAUAUUUAUGAUCGCCACGAUCGGGAUGCUCAAUACAAAUCCAGAUAUUAG